AUGCUCACUUGUUGCCAUUACAGGAGGUACUUCAAAGGUGCACAUUUCGACGAUAUGCAUGAACAAGUGUCAGCAAAAGGUCUAGUAGCUGUGGUGACCGGUGCGAACAGUGGCAUCGGCCUGCAAACUGUAAGAGGAUUAAAUCUUGCAAAGGCUAAGGUAUAUAUGCUCUGCCGCAAUGAAGAACGUGGCGUAGCUGCAAAGAUCAAACUCGCACAGAUGGGCUGCGAUGCCACUCGUCUCGUCAAUCUUCGAUGCGAUCUGGCAAAUUUUAGCAGCGUUAGAGAAUGCGCAAAUGAGAUUUUAAAAGAAGAAGACAAGAUCGACAUACUCAUCAAUAAUGCUGGAGUGAUGUUUUAUCCAAGAUAUGAGAAAACGGUUGAUGGCCACGAGAUGACCUGGCAAAGCAAUCAUCUUGGUGGUAUUUUGUGGAUGAUCUAUAAGAAUAACCGUCGUGGGCUUCUUGCAGGACAUUUUCUUCUUACUCAUUUACUUCUGCCGGCGAUGGAGAAGGCACCAAAAGCAAGGAUUGUGAUCGUGUCUUCAAAAUUGCAUCUCAGGAGUAAAGCCUUAGAUUUGGCUACCAUCGACGACGAAAAGAAAUUUGGCUAUUUCGAGCCAUACAAUCGCAGCAAGCUCGCUAAUGUCAUGCAUGCUCGUGCCCUGACUAGGCGUCUUCAUGAACUUGGCAUUCACCAUGUCACUGCGAACUCGUUACAUCCAGGUGUGGUGAACACCAACCUGUCUCGAUCGACUCCUCUCCUCAAAACGCCCUUGCGUCAAAUAACUGCACCAUUCAGAUGGUUCUUUCUGAAAACGGAGAGCGAUGGAGCGCAGACUUCCCUUUAUCUGGCCCUCAGCAAGAACGUUGAAGGUGUCAGCGGAAAAUACUUUGCGUGA